AAAUGCCCUUGAAAAAUCAGUGUAGACCACAUCACAUUGCUUCUUACUAUUCAAGGCCUUGUAUGCUGUAGAAAGAAGCAAUUCAAGGUUGGUCUGACAUGAUCUUCCCGGGAUGAACCCGUGCUGAACCGGAGUAAUAACUGAACUUAAAUGAUUGUAAACCGCAUCAUGAACAAUUCGUUCAAAUAAUUUUGAUAAAGUAGGCAGCAGAGAUUCUGGAUGGUAAUUUUCCAUUGACUUUUUCGAGCCAAUUUUAUGGAUAGGUAAGACAUUACCAAAUUUCCAAGUAGCUGGAAAUAUUCCAGAGUUGAUGGACAGCUGAAAAAUUUUGGAAAGUGGAUACGAGAGUGGAGAUGCGGCUGCUUUAAGAACAGUAUUACUGAUUUGAUCAUUGACAAUGGCUUUAUAAAUAUUAAUAUUGCCAAGUGCUAUUUCAACAGAAUGCUGAUCUAUCACCAUUGUUGACAUAUUGUCAAUUACAUAGUCUGGAAUAUCUGGGCAUUCCUGCAUCUCAUGCAAAGAUGGAUCGUGAAUGAAUGAAAAAAAGUAUUAAAUUUAAAGUAGCUUUAUCAGAAAAAGAUUCAACAGAAACAUUACCCUGCGACAUAACUGAAGGAAAUUCACUUGACUUAUGUUUACAUUUUAACCAACUCCAAAAUCUCUUUUUAUUUGAACCAAUUUGUUCUGCCAGUGAUUUAAGAGCAUCAUCGCAGAUUCUGUUGAGGCGGUGAAACGACGAAGAACUUCAAUGGACACAUUUGGCAGACGGUAGAACAAACCAAUUAGUAGGCUUCUUCGACGCGUUGAUAUUAGACAUGACGAAUGAAAUUGCAUCUCUAAGAGACAUGGUAAACCAGCAGAAGGAUCUGAUUACAGACAUGAAAUUAACAAUGCGGGGUAUACUAGCUCAACCAUCGUGUAAAUGUACAUCUAGAUGUAACAUACAAACACCAGAAACCAAAAGUGAGUCAGCAAUGCCACAGAACCUGCCACCAAAAACAGCAAGGAACAAGCAACACAAUAGGCCUACUAGCAACCGAGGCAAUGAAUCAACUCAAACACAAAGAAAUCAAAAUCGAGUGGACAAGAACACUUUGAUCAUCGGAGACUUGAUUAUUAGAGAUAUAAAGGACAGAGGUUUGAAAAAUACUGAGGUCAAGUGUAUUAGAGGACGUAUUAAUCAUAUUAAAGAUAGCAUAGUAGCUGAGGUCAGUUGUUCAUCUUUUGAAACUGUAGUUUUGCAUGUAGGCACAAACAACUGCCAUUCAGAUGAGAGCUUCUCAAAUAGCAUACAUCAAUAUGAAGAUCUAGUCAGUCAUAUUAAAACAGAGUCGCCGACAACAGAUAUCAUUAUCUCCACUGUGUGCCCACGAGUUGAUGACCAACGAAGUCAAAACCGAGUGAAUGCCCUUAACAAUGGACUAAAACAAAUCGCUAAAACGCACCAAUGUAAAGUCAUUGACAAUGACGAAACAUUUCUUCUGAGAAAUGGUUCAGUCGUACAAUCCAACUUGAACAGAGGAGGGCUACAUCUAUCAUGGACAGGGACACGACUGCUCUUAAGAAAUAUCGAAUCCGUACAUCAGGUCCUGAAAAACCCACUAAGAAACGGAACGACUACCGGCUACAAAACAAGAUCUGACGGAAGAAAGACAGUACAAUGCAAUGAAAGACAAACAUAGGAUCCGGCACACAGCAGCACAGAUCAAUCCUACCUCACGUAUAAUAGAUAUUAUUUAUUAAGAGAUGAAUUAGAGCGCAAUAAUAAUGAUAAUAAUAAUGGACACAAAACUAAUAUGCCAGCACAUUCUAACCACAAACAAGGUACAGGUAAACGACGACACAGAAGAGGUGGAAAAGGUAAAAGAAUUUCAAACAACAACUCUGUAAAUAUAAAUAUUGCUUUUAAUAAUGUUAAUUGGCUUCGGCCAAAAUUGUUUGAAGUAUCCCAAUUUUUGUGUAACAAUAAAAUCGAUAUAUUUGGGGUAGCUGAGACAUGUCUUAAUAAUGAUUUAGGUAUUUUAAUAAAAGGAUAUAGAUGGAUUGGUAAAAAUAAAAAAUUUAAAGGAGGGGGUGGUAUUGGUUUUUUUUGUAUCAAACAGUAUUGUUAUUACGGAGGAAAACUUAUUUAACUCAAGUUUAGAUGAUUUUGAACGUAUAUGGAUCAAGGUUGAAAUUAACAAAAAAACUCCUUUUUUCAUAGCAGUUGCCUAUUUCCCUGUUGAAGGUAGUAAUGUUGAAAAAACAGAAGAGUUGUACAAUCAAUUAAUUUCUGAGAUCAUUAAUAUUGAAAAUAUGUUCGAUGGUAAAGAUGAACCUAAUAUAGUAAUUUUAGGAGAUUUUAAUGCAAGAAUUGGGAAUAACAUAAUUAAUGGAGAUCCUGUUCUCAAUACGAAUGGUGAAAGAUUGUUAGAAUUUAAGAAUGACGCUAAUCUUUCAAUUUUAAAUAGCACUAUUUUUUGUAAGGGUAAAAUGAGAUGGGAUGAGGUAAACAGCUUAGCACAAUUGAUUAUAUUUUGUCAUCUAAAAGCAUGUUUAAUUAUAUUUUAGAAAUGAUUGUAGAUGAAUUAGGAAAAUACGGCUUGGGCAGCGAUCAUAAUAUGUUGUUGCUUACACUAAAUAUAAAAGAUUCUCGAUAUAAAACUAAACGAAAAUGUAAAAAAUCAAUCUGGAAUAUUAGACAUGGGGAAGAUUUUACUGUGUAUAGAGCUUAUUUAGAGAACAAUUUUAAAGAUUGGGAUGUAAGUGUUUUUAACAAUGUCGAUGAUUUGUGGAAAUCAUGGAAAAGUAGAGUUAUCAAAUCUGCUGAAGAAAGCAUCUGUUAAAAAACAAUUACAGGAAAAAAUAGACCGUGGUUUGACAAAGAAGCAGCUAUAGCAAUUGAAAAUAAGAAAAAAGCAGCACAGAUACAUAGAAAAUAUUAAAAGAAACGAUAGAAACGAGGCCACCAGUGAAUUUCUUUGGCAGAAUUACCAAUGUCAGAAAAGAUUAAUUGCCAAAAACUUAAUUAAAAAAAAGAUCUUGGAGAUGAGGGUAAUUAAAUCAAUUGUUAUUGCAAACAAAGGAGGUCCAGGUUGUAAAGAAUUUUGGCAGUCACUUAGAGGGUCAAAGUUCAAUCAAUCUAACACAAAUUGCUUUAAGAUUCCGGGGUCAGAAAAUAUAGUAACAGGGGUUGAAGAAAAGAAUGACACAUUAAAAAAUUAUUGGGAAUCAUUAAGUAAAUCUAAACCUAACUCUUCUAACAGUAACAUGCAAAAAACUACACAAUUUAUUAAUAAUAUUAGAAACAUUGAUCGGGAUGAUGGCGACCCAAAUUGUAUAUACGAUAUAGAGAUUUACAUUGACAUUGUUAAAUAUGCACUAAGGCUUGCAAAGAACGGUAAAUCACCAGGUGAAGAUAGUAUUACCAAUGAACUGUUAAAAAAUGGUGGUUUUAUUAUGGAAUGCUCUUUGAAAUUUAUUUUAAAAAAUCAUAUCUUUCGAAAAACAACCAACUGAUUGGAAAUUAAGUAUUAUCAUUCCUAUAUUUAAGCAAGGUGAUAAGAAAGUUUUAAAUAAUUAUCGUGGUAUUUCCCUUACAUCUUGUGUAUCUAAAAUAUACAACAGAAUUAUAGCAAUGAAUGUGUCAAGUUAUCUUGAAAACAAUAAUGCUCUUUCGGAGGUUCAGGGAGGCUUCAGAAAAAACAGACAAUGUGAAGAUCAUGUAUUUGUUGUAAAAAGCAUAGCUGCUUGGAGACGCAAAGAAGGGAAAAAUACAUAUCUGGCCUUCCUGGACUUCCGGAAGGCAUUUGACACUGUAUGGAGAGACGGUCUGCUGAAGGCCGUCUGGAAUGUAGGAAUUAGAGGACGCUUAUGGAAAAUAAUAGAUAAUAUGUAUGCUAACAUAAAAGGCAUGGUUAAAUUUGGAGAUUGUAUAACAGACGAAUAUCCCAUUGAACAGGGCGUUAGACAAGGUUGCGUUUUAUCUCCAAUUUUAUUUUGUAUAUUCAUUAACAAAUUCACAAAAAUUCUAAGAACAAAUGAUAUUGGUGUUCAUAUCAAUGACACAUGGCUCGGGGCCUUAUUCUGGGCCGAUGAUGUAAUUUUAAUUGCCGAAAAUGAGCGACAGUUGACAGAUGUUAGAUUUAGCAGCCAAAUUUGCCAAAGAUUGGAACUUAAAUUUUAAUCAUACCAAGUCUAACAUACUUGUCGUGGGAAAGAGGAUAGAGAGAAACAAGUUGUGGAAAUUAGGAAACCAAUCAAUAACUGAAUGUGAAACUUACAAGUAUCUUGGGGUCACGAUAUCAAGACUCAUGAACGACCAUAAACAUAUUGAACAUGUAGUACAGAAAUGUAACUGCCUUAUUGAAUAUAUAAAAUCAAUCAUCGGUAAUUUAAAUAGCUUCAAUAGAGUAUACUACGGAGAUAUUCUAUGGCGAACGAUUGCUCUUCCAUCGAUAAAUUAUGGUAGCUCUGUAUGAGUUGGAAAUAAAAGUGACACCGAUAGAAUUGAAAAGUUACAACUACAAAUGGCUCAAUUCAUUUUAAAGGGCCCCCGUAAUACACCUUGCGCUACACUGUACGGUAAUCUUGGGUGGUCCAAAAUUUCUCUAAUUCAAAAUAUCUAUAGAAUUAAUUUCACCGAUAGAAUUUUAAAAAUGGAAGACAAUCGUUGGACUAAAUUAUUAUACAAAACUAUUGUAAAUACAUCAUCAGAUAAUCUUAAUGAUAUUGCCUUUAAAAUACCUACCUGUAUAAAAAACAUUCUCAACGACUGUAAUAUAGAUAAUAUUUUCUUAGAAUUACAAGAUGAAGAUAAUAAUGUGAGCACAGAUUGGGCUUUUAAAGCAAAAAGUAUCAUGAGAGAUUUGUCACUCUCCCAUUGGCUUGAUGAUGGAAAUAGUAAGUCAUCAAUACAAGACUAUAUGGCUAUUAAGAACGUACCCAACUUAGAAGGCUACCUUCUCGACAAAUGUGACUUUGAGGGUGCAUCAUUAAAAUUUAAAUUGCGUUCGAACACUCUUCCUCUGAAUUACAAACUUGCAAAACUCUCAAAUAUGCCCUGUAAAAAUUGCAAUUGCAAACUAUGUAAUACAGGUGAGGUGGAAGAUUUAAUUCACUUUCUUUUAAUUUGUCCUAUUCUUAAUAAUAUCAGAGAAAUCGAAAUUGCCAGAUUUAAACAACAACUUUAUAGUAACAAUCUUCUACUUGUUUUCCAAGAAUUCGAACAGUCUAAUAAUAGAAAUAAAUUACAUUUUAUCCUCGGAAAUGAAAAUAACCACUUUUAUGAUAAGAAUAUCAAUUUCUUAAUUGACAAAUUUUGCAAAUCUUUAGCCAAAAGUCUGUGGAUAAGGAGAUGUGACUUAUUUAAAUUUUGUAGCUUAAGUUUUAUUUGUGCUGUUGUGUAAUUACAGUAUUAUAUUUGAUUUUUUAAGCAUUAAGCUUGUGUAAUAAUUCCUGUGCGUGCAUACUCAUACUGUAUGUAAGCAUAAACGCUUUCUUUUAAUUCUAAUUUAAUUUAAUUUAAAUUUUGUUUUUAUAUUCUUAAAUGUUCAAAUUAUUUCAUUUGGUUUCUAUUUAUGUACUGUAUACUGACUGAAAAUUCGUUCAAAGUGUAACCAGGCCGUUGGCUUGCUCUGCUGCAUUCUCUCGGACCGAUGACGUCGGACCUUCGUCGGGUGGUGGGGCUGUUUGGGUGCUGGUGGUCUUCCCUCAAACAACAUCCAACAACUGGGAGGACGGCUAGCAUUCGGCUGGCUGCGUUACCUGGCGGGGGCCCGGUGGCGUCGGCUCGGGGCGUUGCGGGGUGGGUUAGCAUCAUGGUUUGCUUUGCACGACUUUUCAAACCAGUCAUUCUUGUUUUGUUUGUAGUUUAUUUUAAGUGUUUAAUUUGAUUGGUGGGUGGGCAAUAAUGUUAUUUGAGUUAUCUGUAAAUCUCUCAUAAUUAAGAAUUUAUUUUUUUAUUUCUGUUGCUUUGUUCUUUUCUGGAUGCACCGUUAGAAUUUGUCUAACGUGUGCCACUGUUAUAA